AACGCACGUGUGCUGCUUUGGUAAAUAUACGAUCGGCGAAUGUGGUGUCACCAGUUCGAUCAGAACACAUUACAAGCUACAGCACGGUAACGUUGUGAGACUUAUUUGUUGGAUAUACAGGAAAAUUAGCUAAAGCGAAUGGAGUUGAUAUCUGCAGCUGGUAUAGAAACGUUUCUCGCUUCCGAUAAGGAUGUCUUCAAUUUCGAUCACGAAGAUGACAGCGGGUUGAGUUCUUCCCCGUCUAGCCCACAGUCAGGAGACUACGACUCAGCCUCCCAGCUUUUUGAUUUCGAAGAAAGCCUACAGUCAAAUCUCUUCGGCUCGCUGAGUACAUGUCUUUUUGGCGACGAACUCCCGUCAAAGUUGUACACCCAUAUAAAAAUAAAAGAGGAAACUGACGAUGAACUUUGGGCUAGUAACCAAGCCACAUUAGAACAACUGAAGGAGGACAUGUUUGACGGUAUUUCCUUCUCUGAUGGUUGCGAUUUUGGCGAACAAUGUGAGCUAAUGGACAGGAUGCUUAAUCCAUCUGUUACCCGUAAAAUGAUGGACGAAAGAACAAUUCAAUCGCGUCAGGAUGACAAUGACCCAGACGGAGCGCUGGCCGAAGCUGUAGCGAACCGCGCGACAUGCACGAUGUCAUCCACGAGCGAGAAUACGACGGUCGCCGAAGAAAGUUGUCCGGAAGACUCCGAGCGAGAAACAUGCAAACGUCAACUUCGGAAAAGAGUUAAAAACGUUUAUGCCGAUCAUGAUUAUUUUAAAUCGUCGGAUGAAGCCGGUAAAAAAGCUGAGUCCGAUGACAAUGGAAUGGACGAGAAUGUCGAGCGAAGUGAAGACGAUGAUGAAGAAUUUAAACCUAGUUGCAGAUCAGCUAAGAAAUCUCGCCUCUCAAAGAACUCAAAGUCGAGUAAAGAUCUCAAGUACUGGGAGAGGCGAAAACGGAACAAUUUAGCGGCUAAACGAUCUCGUGAAGCUAAACGAGCGCGCGAAAUCGAAACCGCGAAAAAAACUGCCGCGUUAGAGAAGGAGAACGCUACUUUGAAAGCGCAAGUUAGGAAAUUGAAAACGGCUAUUCAAAGGGCUGAGAAGAAGUUACGUAUAAUGGUAUAGCAGAUUGCGGUUACCUUUUGAGUCUCGGGUAUUUUUCCAAACGGAUUCGCUCGUAACUAACCAUAAACCCUCGCUUAACUGCUAAAUCUUAGCUGUGCAAGGUGGGCAGAGUUUAAAUUUAAGCUUCAUAACCCUGUGGAGGGGCGUUGUCUGGCCAGUAUGCGGCUAGGUUGAUGUUGCUCCCAUUACGAAAGACAGGUGAAACAAGGUGUCUCGAGAUGUAGUGGUAUCAUGUAAAAAAGAGAGUUUGGACGAAUUACUUUUUGCUAAUAGUACAGCCCUGUGCGAUACAGCACUAAGUAAGAACGGUUCCUACUUACGGUAUUUAUAAAUCGUGAUGUUGAUGUUUGAUUCCUUGCGACAAGAUUGUAGAAAUACAUUCAUCUGCAUCAUCCAAGUAACAUUGUACAUAUUCGUACACAAUUUUGAACAUAGUUGGUUGAAAUAUUCAUUAAAUAUGACUACUUAUUGAC